AUGGCUCUCAUGGUUAGAAAGGAAGUCAAGUCCACUGGUCUGAGGCUAGCCAGCAGUUCUGAGAAACCAAAUGUGCCCCUCACGAAGGACCUUCUCCACCCAUCCCUGGAAGAGGAGAAGAGGAAGCACAAGAAGAAGCACCUGGUGCAGACACUCAACUCCUGCUUCACGGACGUGAAAUGCCCGGGAUCCUACGGAGUCACUACCAUCUCUAGCCACGCACAAACCGUGGUUGUUUGCCAGCUGCCCCUCUGCCCUUUGCAGCCCACAGGAGGAAAAGCAAGGCUUACAGAGGGAUGCUCCAUCAGACAGAAGCAGCACUAA